AUGACAACUUCGGAAAAGGUAAGAUGGCCAUGCCUUUUACUUAGUGAAUAUGGGAUUUUGAAGUUACGCUGUCUCGAAUUAGAAGGAAUUCAUUCUGGGAUAUUUCUUUCUCAUGAGAAAUGCGAGGAUGAGUUCUAUUUCCAAUGGAAACCGAGCUGGUCUGCGAGUUAUAUCUCGGUGAAGUCAGCCGUUACUGAAUAUGGGCGCUGUCUUAAAUUGAAAAGAAUUCAUUCUGGGAUAUUUCUUUUCACAAGAAAUGCGAGGAUGAAUUCUAUUUCUAGUGGAAACCGAUCUGGUCUGCGAGUUAUACCUUGUGUUCGGUAUGAUGAACUUAAAGUUUUUAAUUUUAUAAAUGAGGCUGAUAAUGAAAAUGGGUGGUUUACUACUGAUAAAGGAACAGAAUGA